GAAAUCCCAAAACUCAGUUAAAACUGACUUCAGAUAGACACAUCAAAACAUACCCAUAUAUCAAGUUUCGAUCUUUAUGGUUGUUUCUUUGAUCUUUCUUGAAUCUUGAAUAGCUCUAAUUAAGUAAAAAGUUCGAAACUUUAUGAAGUGAGUCGGUUGAAGCUUUGAUUUUAAUGGCGGGUUUCUGAAAAGAGAUCUUGUAAGUGAAUAUUCAGAAGAAAAAAGAAAAAGUCAAAUAAAGUCAACGGUGGUGGAUUUCACUCCAUGGAUAUAACAGAAGUUUCAAUUAUUCAUCAUGUGGGCAUUGUUUUGUUGGUGAUAUGGUUACUUUCUUCAUUGAAUUAUUGUCACUCAUUGGUCUACUUUUUCUGUUUCAUCUAUCUUUAUAUGGUUCAUGAGAAUUUUUCAACAAGAUUCAGAAGAAAAGUGAGAUUUGAAGAAAGAAGACAAGCCAAUCAAAAAAGGGUAUUAUCCGAUUCUGAAUCGGUACGGUGGUUGAACCAUUUGGUUGAGAAGAUAUGGCCUAUAUGUAUGGAAAAUAUUGUCUCACAGAAAAUACUACUGCCAAUCAUGCCUUGGUUCUUGCAGAAGUACAAACCGUGGACUGUGAAAGAAGCUGUAGUUCAGAGUUUGUAUAUGGGAAGAUCUCCACCAAUGGUUACGGAAAUGAGGGUUUGUCGUCAAUCUACUGGUGAUGAUCAUGUGGUUUUGGAGCUGGGACUAAAUUUUAGAACAGCUGAUGACAUGAGUGCAAUAUUAGCUGCCAAACUGACCAAAAGAUUGGGUUUUGGAAUGUCAGCAAAAAUGCAUUUGUCAGGAAUGCAUGUCGAAGGAAAGGUAUUGGUAGGGAUAAAGUUUCUCCCAAAAUGGCCAUUUCUUGGACGUUUGAGGGUGUGUUUUGUUGAACCACCAUACUUUCAGAUGACUGUAAAACCAAUCUUUUCUCGUGGUCUUGAUGUUACUGAAGUUCCUGGGAUUGCUGGAUGGCUGGAUAAGCUUCUGACAGUUGCAUUUGAGGAGACAUUGGUUGAGCCGAAUAUGUUGGUGGUGGAUGUAGAGAAAUUUGUUUCACCAGAUGCAGAACCUUGGUUUUCUGUCGAUGCAAAGGAGCCAGUUGGUUAUGCCUUUGUGGAAAUUAUUGAAGGAUCAGAUAUGAAACCAUCAGACAUGAAUGGGUUAGCUGAUCCGUACGUAAAAGGCCAGCUUGGUUCAUACCGGUUCAGGACAAAGACACAGAAGAAGACGUUAUCUCCAAAAUGGUUUGAAGAGUUCAAGAUUCCUAUCGCUUCAUGGGAUUCACCUAAUUUUCUUGAAAUUGGAGUUCGUGAUAAAGAUCACAUAUAUGAUGAUACCCUUGGUGAUUGCUGUGUAAAGAUUAAUGAUUUCAGAGAUAGUGAGAGACAUGACAUGUGGUUACCUCUUGAGAACAUCAAAAUGGGAAGAUUGCAUCUUGCUGUAAAAGUCAUUGAAGGUGUCGACAAACUAUUUGAACAACCAUGUGAUGACAAUGUAUCAAAGGGCGAACUCAAGAAAGAAAACCUUUCGGUUAAAUUGCCUGACAAAUCUAAAAAUUUGGGAGCCGAUAGUUUUGAGCCGAUUCAUGUUGAAGGCCAAACAGAGACUGGCAUAUGGGUUCACCACCCAGGUCACGAUGUAGCACAAGUAUGGGAACCGAGAAAGGGGAGGGACCGGGUCCAUAAAGACACAGAGUUAGUCAACAGUAGCACCAGGCAGGUCCAUAAAGACACCGAGUCUAUCAAUAGUAGCAUCAGGUCUGAACCAUAUCCAAAUGAAUCAAGCAGCACUGAUGAAAGUGUAGAGGAUAAUAAACCAAAAUCAAGAAACGCUGUUAGGAGGGGGUUCAAUAAGUUGGGUUCGAUGUUUCAUAGAAGCCCUAAAUCGAAUGAUGAUAAAGAUAAAUCCCCAAGCACUAGGAAACAGGUUGAUGAGGAGUGUGAUUCCCCUUCAUAUCAAAACGUUAGGGCAGUGAAUGAAAAAGGGAUCGGUGUUAAGUUGGUUAUGGAAGAAAACAUUAUUUCCCCUGGUCAGAAAUCGAAAGUCGGAUUCGAAGAGAGUCCAGAAGGAAGUGAUAUUGAAAACCCCGAUAAGAGGAAAGUCAGAGAUACAGUCAAAGGUAUUCUGAAGCAUACCGGUAAUUCUGCUCGUGGUUUGAUGCAUACGAUUUCACGUAAAGGGUCAAAAGGAAAAGACAAAGAUUUGGCGGCACAGUCAGACUCUUGUGGUGAGGCUGGAUCCAUUGGGUCACCCGAAUACAAACCUGACGGUGAAAGGACCCCAGAUGGUCAAUCUAGUCCCGUUCUGACGGAUUCCAGCAAAACUGCUGUGAGUCCUCUGAGCCCAGCAGGUGAAGUCAACGUUGAUGAUCCAGAUAGGCUUGGAAUUAAUACUUUGGAUCUAAAUGCAACAGAAAAAGGUGAGGCUGAUGAUCUUCAAAGAGAGGCCAAGGUUGAUGAUUCUGAAAAGAAGGUCCAGGAAACGCUGUUUUCUCCUUUACCUCAAUAAUGGGGUAUGUUCUUUAGCUGUUGCACAAAAGUUCUAUGUCAUAUAUGUGUGCCUAAGCUGCAUGUAUAUAUAGUAAAUAGGUGAUUCACCUUUUUAUUCAACGUGUGUGAAUGGUAAAUCGUUUUAUCUGGAUAAACAUAUGUAAAUGGCAAGAUUUUUUGACUUCUUGCUUUGAAACUUUUCAGCUUUUCAUUUGAUAUAAAGUUCUAUACAUCA